GCUAAACCAACUAUCAAGAACAUAAUGCAAAUAAAAUUACUGUUUUUCAUUACACUUCUGGGUCUCCUCAAAUAUUCAGAAAAUGCCAGGAUUUUGGCAUCUGUAUUUAGUCCGUCUUACAGCCAUCAGAUAGCAUUCAGACCACUAUGGAAGGAACUGGCGAAAAGAGGGCACGAAAUAACUCUGCUGACCACCAAUCCCAUGAAAGAUCCAGACCUCGGAAACAUCAAGCAAAUCGACCUAAGUGGAUCAUACAAGGUCAUGGAGGAACAAGGUAGCUCGGAUAUCCUCACCAGAGGAAGAAACGAAGGGAAGAGUUUCAUGUCCAUGGCCCAGUUGUAUCUGGAUGCUUUGGAUCGAACAGCUGAAUGGCAGCUGGAACAGCACGAAGUGAAACAACUGAUCCAAAAUAAUAGCGAGCAUUUUGACUUGCUCAUUGUGGAGGUGAUGAAUCCUAUCCAGAUGGCAUUUUCAGAAAGGUUCAAGGUCCCAUUCAUUGGAAUCACCCCUCUGGACGCCCCCUACAGAAUCCACGAUGCCAUAGGCAACUACAUGCACCCCAUUGUUUUCCCCGAUUACUUCCUUCCCUUCACACCUCCUCUGACCUUCUUGCAGAGAGCCAUCAGCGUGACGUUCAACUGGGCCAAUUGGUACUACCAGUACUAUGUGAGGUACCCCUCCGAGGACUUGAUCGUCAGGAGGCAUUUCGGAGAGGGUACGAGAGCGCUGAGAGACAUCGAGAAGGAUAUGAGUUUCUUGUUUGUCAAUGUGAACCCGAUAUUCCAUUCGAUUAGGCCGCAUGGGCUCAAUACGGUUCUGAUGGGAGGAGGAACGCAUAUUGGGAAGCCCAAGCCUCUACCGAAGGAAAUCAAUGAUUUUGUUGAUGCUGCAAAGGACGGUGUUAUCUAUUUGAGUUUGGGGUCCAAUAUAAAGAGUGCUUUACUCACAGAUGAUCUGAGAAAAGCGAUGCUGUCGACCCUGAAGGAGCUGCCCUAUAAAAUUCUCUGGAAAUUUGAGGACGAUGGACUGCAGAAUCUUCCAAAAAAUGUAAAGUUAGUAAAAUGGGUGCCUCAACAAGAUCUUUUAGCUCAUCCCAAUGUGAAGCUCUUCAUCACUCAAUGUGGACUUCAAUCAAUGGAAGAAGCCAUUUUCAAUCAUGUUCCAAUGGUUGGGAUGCCUUUCAUGGGGGACCAGCACAGCAAUGCAAUAAUUUUGAGGAGUAAAGGGCUUGGAUUGACUGUGGAUAGGAUGAAUUUGACGAAAACAGAAUUCAAAAAAACUGUAUUGGAAGUUUUGAAUAAUCCCAUAUACAAGCAGAAUGUAAUAGAAAUUUCGAAUUCGUCUAAAGAUGUUGACAUGUCAGGACUGGAGAGAGCAGUUUGGUGGACGGAAUAUUGUAUACGCUCCAAGGGAGCUAAGCAUCUUAGGAAUCCAGCAAUAGAUUUGCAUUGGUACCAGUUCUAUCUAUUGGAUGUUAUUGGUUUGUUGCUGACUGGUCUGCUGGUAUUAGUUACGAUUAUAGUGCUGAUUCUCAAAUUGUUGAAAAGACUUGUAUUCAAGAACAAAAAUAAUCAGAAUUCAAAUAAGAAGCUGCAAUAAAAUUUUAUGCAUU